UAAUAGAAACACCAAGAAGCAGAAGCCUGGUAAAAAGAAGAAAGGUUAUAAAAAUAUGGAUGACCUCAAGAAGGAAGCAGUCAUGGAAGACCACAUGCUGAGUCUGGAGGAGCUAAGCCGAAAGUAUGAGGUUGACCUGAUCAAGGGUCUCACCAGCAAACGAGCAAGGGAGAUCCUGUUACAGGAUGGGCCUAACACCCUCACCCCACCUCCCAACAUUCCUGAGUGGGUCAAGUUCUGUAGUCAACUUUUCGGGGGUUUCUCCCUCCUCCUGUGGACUGGUUCCAUCCUCUGUUUUGUGGCCUACAGCAUCCAGAGAAUCUCAAAUAAGGACGCUGAUAAAGACAAUCUGUUUUUGGGCUUCGUGCUGGCAGCCGUGGUCAUUAUCACUGGCUGUUUCUCCUAUUACCAGGAGGCCAAGAGCUCUAAGAUUAUGGAGUCAUUCAAGAACAUGGUGCCACAGCAAGCAUUAGUGAUUCGAUCAGGGGAGAAGAUGCAGAUCAACGCAGAGAAUGUGGUUCGGGGAGACUUGGUGGAGGUGAAGGGUGGAGAUCGAAUCCCUGCUGAUCUCCGGGUCAUCUCUUCCCAAGGAUGUAAGGUGGAUAAUUCAUCCCUGACUGGCGAAUCAGAGCCACUAAUGCGUUCUCCGGAUUUCACUGACCCCAAUCCCCUGGAAACCCGUAACAUCUGCUUCUUCUCCACCAACUGCGUGGAAGGAAACGCCCGGGGCAUUGUGAUAGCCACUGGAGACCACACAGUGAUGGGCCGAAUUGCCUCAUUGACCUCUGUCUUGGAAUCUGGCAAGACACCCAUUGCUGUGGAGAUCGAGCACUUUAUUCACAUUAUCACAGGAGUGGCUGUAUUUCUGGGACUCACCUUCUUCUUUCUCUCCAUCUUUCUGGGUUAUGGCUGGCUGCAGGCUGUCAUCUUCCUCAUCGGCAUCAUAGUGGCCAACGUACCUGAGGGGCUACUAGCUACUGUCACCGUGUGUCUAACUUUGACAGCCAAGCGAAUGGCCCGGAAAAACUGUCUGGUCAAGAACCUCGAGGCCGUGGAGACCCUGGGCUCCACCUCCACCAUCUGCUCAGACAAGACGGGCACCCUCACCCAGAACCGGAUGACUGUGGCCCACAUGUGGUUUGACAAGACUAUAUAUGAGGCUGAUACCACUGAGGACCAGUCUGGGAACGUGUUUGACAAGAACUCUGAAACUUGGCCUGCCCUGGCUCUAAUUGCUGGUCUCUGUAACCGAGCAGAAUUUACACCAAAUCAAGAAAAUAUCCUUAUCUCUAAGAGGAAGACAACAGGUGAUGCAUCUGAAUCAGCUCUACUCAAAUUUAUUGAACAAUCUUAUGGCCCAGUGACUGAGAUGAGGCAAAAGUACCCCAAGGUGGCAGAGAUCCCCUUCAAUUCCACCAACAAGUACCAGCUAUCAAUCCACGUUCGGGAUGCGAGCGCCAUGAGAUAUUCGCUGGUGAUGAAGGGAGCUCCAGAACGGAUCCUGGAUUGUUGCUCUACUAUCCUAAUAAAUGGCAUAGACUAUCCAUUGAAUGAGGAGGCUCUUCAGUUCUUCCAGGAUGCCUACCUAGAACUGGGAGGGCUAGGGGAGCGUGUGCUGGGGUUCUGCUAUUUGGACCUCCCCGAACCAUACAUUGGGGACUUUCAGUUUGAUACAAACAAUAUCAAUUUCCCUACAAAGGAACUCUGCUUUGUGGGGCUCAUAUCCAUGAUUGACCCACCUCGAGCCGCUGUCCCUGAUGCUGUAAGCAAGUGCCGUAGUGCAGGCAUCAAGGUGAUCAUGGUAACUGGAGAUCACCCUAUCACUGCCAAGGCCAUCGCUAAAGGUGUUGGAAUAAUCUCUGAGAACAAUGAGACUGUGGAGGAUAUUGCUGCCCGGCUGCGUAUCUCUGUCAGCCAGGUGGACCCCAGGGAUGCGAAAGCCUGUGUGAUACAUGGCUCACAACUAAAGGACAUGUCACAAGAGCAGCUAGACCAUGUCCUCCAAGAACACACCGAGAUCGUCUUUGCCCGAACUUCACCUCAGCAAAAGCUCAUCAUUGUGGAAGGAUGUCAGAGACAGGGUGCUAUUGUAGCAGUGACUGGUGAUGGGGUGAAUGAUUCUCCUGCACUGAAAAAGGCUGAUAUUGGCAUUGCCAUGGGGAUCACUGGCUCUGAUGUUUCCAAGCAGGCAGCUGACAUGAUCCUUCUGGAUGACAAUUUUGCUUCCAUUGUCACUGGGGUGGAGGAAGGGCGACUCAUUUUUGACAAUCUGAAGAAGUCCAUCGCCUAUACCCUGAGCAGCAAUGUUCCUGAGAUAAGCCCUUUCUUGUUGUUCAUCAUCUUGAAUAUACCCCUGCCUCUGGGCACUAUCACCAUUCUCUGCAUUGAUCUGGGUACUGAUAUGGUCCCUGCAAUUUCCUUGGCCUACGAGUCAGCGGAGAGUGACAUAAUGAAGCGUAUGCCUCGGGACCCCAAGAAGGACAAGCUGGUGAAUCGACGACUCAUCAGCAUGUCCUAUGGGCAAAUUGGGAUAAUCCAAUCUUUGGCUGGCUUCUUCACUUACUUUGUGAUCAUGGCAGAGAAUGGUUUCUGGCCCUUAUUUCUGCUGGGCCUCAGGGUUAAGUGGGACAAUUCGUUUAUCAAUGACCUGGAAGAUUGUUAUGGACAGCAGUGGACCUAUGAGCAGCGAAAGGUGGUAGAGUUCACAUGCCAAACGGCCUUCUUCAUCAGCAUUGUAGAGGUGCAAUGGACUGACCUCAUCGUCUCCAAGACCCGUAGAAACUCUGUCUUCCAACAGGGCAUGACAAACAAGGUCUUGAUCUUUGGGUUAAUAGAAGAGACACUUCUGGCAGUUUUUCUGUCCUACUGCCCAGGCAUGGAUAUUGCCCUUCGAAUGUACCCACUCAAACUAAGUUGGUGGUUCUGUGCCCUCCCCUACUCUGUCCUUAUCCUUGUCUAUGAUGAGAGCCGAAGAUAUUUAAUUCGGCACAACCCUGGUGGCUGGGUGGAGAAGGAGACAUACUACUGAGUCAGCAGAAGACACACUGUGCACUGGACAGAAAGAGCAUCCUGAAAGGGGGGGUGGUGUUGUUGGUUCAUGGGUAUUGGCUGGGGAGAGGCCAGUGUCUAGUUAAAAGCAAGGAAUAGUUAGGAUUGGGGAGGGAAAAUAGGGCAUCCCUGUACAGGGAGGGGUAAGGAGAGGUAAGGAGAAGAAAGGAAGGGGAUUGAAAUAAGAAUAAUUUAG